AGCUCUCUCGUGUAAACUCUCGUCAGCUCGGGUCACAACGUCGCGGACACCGACAUGAUUUCGGCGUUCUUCAUCUUCAACCAAAAGGGCGAGGUUCUCAUCUCCCGCCUCUUUCGAAGUGAUCUCAAACGUUCUAUUGCCGACAUUUUUCGCAUCCAAGUGGUGUCGAAUCCCGACGUGCGAUCACCAAUCAUCACGCUGGGAAGCACCUCCUUCUUUCACGUCCGCCAUGAGAACCUCUAUGUCGUCGCUGUGACAAAAUGCAAUGCUAAUGCAGCGCUGGUGUUUGAGUUCUGCUACCGAAUCAUUCAGAUCGGACGGAGCUACUUUGGCAAAUUUGACGAGGAGAGCGUCAAGAACAACUUUGUUCUCUUCUAUGAGCUCCUUGAUGAGGUGCUCGACUUUGGAUACCCACAAAACAGCGAAACGGACACACUCAAGAUGUACAUCACCACAGAAGGCAUCAAGUCGGAGCAAGCUGUACGAGAGGACAGCCAAAAGAUUACCAUUCAGGCCACAGGGGCGACGAGUUGGCGCAGGGCGGAUGUCAAGUACCGGAAAAACGAAGCGUUCGUCGAUGUCAUCGAGACAGUCAACCUUCUCAUGAGCAACAAGGGUACUGUGCUUCGAGCCGAUGUCGAUGGCCAGAUUCUCAUGAGGGCAUACCUGUCGGGGAUGCCGGAGUGCAAGUUCGGGCUCAAUGACAAGCUCGUUCUCGAGAGGAGCGAUCGCAACAAAGGGUCGGCCAGCGACGCGGCUGCCGUUGAGCUCGACGAUUGCCAAUUCCACCAGUGCGUCAAGCUCAGCCGCUACGAUGUCGACCGGAGCAUCAGCUUCACCCCGCCUGAUGGCGAGUUUGAGCUAAUGAGAUAUCGGUCCACACGCAAUGUCAACUUGCCAUUCAAGGUGCACCCCAUCGUCGAAGAGAUUGGCAAGUCAAGGGUCGAAUACAACAUCAACCUCCGUGCCAACUUCGAUGCCAAGCUGAGCGGCAACAACGUCGUACUCCGCAUCCCUGCGCCCCACAAUACAACCAACGUCAAGUGUCAGGUGGCAAUGGGCAAGGCCAAAUACGUGCCAGCAGAGAACGUGAUUGUGUGGAAAAUCCCUCGUAUCCAGGGUAUGGCAGAGACGAGCCUGCAGGCCGAUGCCGAGCUGUCGUCCACGACGCAUCGCAAAGCGUGGAGCCGACCCCCGAUCGAAGUCGACUUCCAGGUGCUCAUGUUCACCUCCUCGGGUCUCCUCGUCCGCUUCCUCAAGGUGUUUGAGAAGAGCAACUACCAAAGCGUCAAGUGGGUCCGCUAUCUGAGUAGAGCCAACGGAUCUUACCUUAUCCGUUUCUGAUGACCGUCCGUCCUCUUUAUUGUACUUUAUGUUACUCUUCUUCUCUCUGCCUCUCCUAAUGCGUCAUCCUGGCUCAUGAG